AUUCGCACAUCGGCCCGAUAAGUCUCUAAACAGUCGAUAAGUAUUUAACUAGAGGGCGAACCGACCGGACACCAUUCAUCCCAGCAAGACGCAACGGGCGGUUGUGUUGUGCAAGAUUUCACUGUAAUUUACUUCUAUUUGAUAACAAUGGCUGCCAACGACCGCGUCGUAUUUCCCGACGAAGUGGAGGACGUGAAAGCCAAGGCGGCAGAGGUGGCUGCCAAGUCUGGUGCGGGAGACAGCAACACCGUUGAGGAGGCUCCUCAGGAGACCACGCCCAAGAUCGCCAUGAGGAAUAUGAUUCAAGUGCCUGACAACUGCCCGGAAGGCUACAAGAUGGAUGCGGACGGAGUCUGCCGAGAAGUCUGGUAAUUUGGUUGUUAUAUCGCGCGAUUUCACACAACCAAUAAAUUUACUGAUACGAUAAAUACGUGGGAUUAUCGGAACUGCUAUUGUUAUUGGGGGAAAUGAAAUGUAUGGAUUAUUGUAUGCCUAUGUACAAUAUCUAUUAUACAUUUUAUUUGCCAUUGUAUCAAUACUCAUCGUGUCAAAUAAUAUGAAAGAGAAUUCAUAGCUAGGUUUAGGUCUCUAAUCUUAAUUUAUUUUUAGCUACUGAAUACUGUUUAAGUUUAGCUAUUGAAGAUUGGACAAUCUUUGUUACAGUAUUAUAGAUAAGUUUUAUAUGUUACAUCUAGUAUGUAUUAAUUACUUGUCGUGUGUGCGUUCCUAUUACUUUGAAAUACAUUUUCUUAUUUAAAAA